UCAUGCGCAGGACACACACCACCACUCAACAGAGAAGCCACUGAUUCAGUGCUAUAAGUGUGGGGAGCCAUGUAAGGGCGAGGUGCUGCGGGUGCAGAACAAGCACUUCCACCUCAAGUGCUUCACCUGUAAAGUGUGCGGCUGUGACCUCGCCCAGGGGGGCUUCUUCAUGAAGAAUGGAGACUAUCUGUGCACGCUGGACUACCAACGCAUGCAUGGCACCCGCUGCAAUGGUUGUGGGGACUUUGUGGAGGGGGAAGUGGUCACUGCCCUGGGCAAGACCUACCACCCUGCCUGCUUCGUCUGCACCAUCUGCAAACGACCAUUCCCUGCCGGGGACAGGGUGACCUUUAACGGAAAGGACUGUCUGUGUCAGUACUGUGUCGAGCCCAUGUCUCCAGGACCAAAGGACAUCCUGGGCUCCAGCAAUUGUGCAGGAUGUGGUCGAGACAUAAAGAAUGGGCAGGCUCUUCUAGCAUUGGACAGACAGUGGCAUCUGGGCUGCUUUAAGUGUAAGGCCUGCAGCAAAGUGCUGACCGGGGAGUACAUCAGCAAGGAUGGCGCCCCCUACUGUGAGAAGGACUAUCAGAUCCAUUUUGGAGUUCAGUGUGAGGCGUGUCAUCAGUUCAUUACAGGGAAGGUGCUAGAGGCAGGCGAUAAGCACUACCACCCCAGCUGUGCGAGAUGCAGCAGGUGCAAUCAGAUGUUCACAGAAGGAGAAGAGAUGUAUCUGCAAGGAUCAACAGUUUGGCAUCCCGGCUGCAAGAACACCACCAGAACAGAGGAGAGACACAGGGAGCGGCUAUUGCCUCCGUCCCUCUUAUUCCUCCAAAAAACAGAAAGGCAGCCUACGAGGUCGUCGUCCGAGAGUAUUUGUUCCAGACCUGGUUCAAGCAUACCUGGCUCACCGGGUCACACGAUCUAUGCAAAAGUAGACAAUGAGAUCCUUGAUUACAGAGACCUAGCUGCCAUUCCAAAAGUCAAAGCCAUUUAUGACAUUGAGCGCCCCGAUCUUAUUACCUAUGAACCUAUGUACACCACCUCCCUGGAUGAGAGAGAGGAGAGACGAGAGAAUGUGGGAGAGCUCCACACUGCCAGGAGGGAGCGUUCACCCUUGCCCGACGACAAGUCCUCAAGAAAUAUGUCGCCAACCCCACCCGAGGGCUCUUACGACAGGAGGGAUCGCAUCCUCCAAAGGUCCACCAGUCAGGGCUCCAUAGGAUCACCAGUUUAUAAUCGCCAUGGUUACACCCCCACCUUGUCACGGUCGCCGCAGCAUUUUCACAGGCCAGGCACUGACCCGCCGAGUGGCCGGAGCUCCCCCCUCCCGCUCAGGCCCGACAGCCGGCCGGUCACCCCGCCUCUCUCUCAGACCCCUAAACAUUUCCACCUCCCAGAUCAGGGGAGCAACAUCUACAGAAAACCACCCAUCUACAAACAACAUGAUACAGCUGCCAUAGCACGUCAAAGCAAGUCUGCUGAUGACAUCAUCAGAUCCGCCACCUUCCCCGCUGCCCACGCUCCCUCUCCAGAUGACAGCUCACGGAGUGAGGGUGAUCAUUGGCCCUACUCUAUCGCUGUAUUAGGUUCAGAAGGAAGGAGACGAUCCAGAGAAGAUGAGGAGGAAGAGGCCUUGAAAAGGAAGCAGCUGCAGGAGGAACAUCUCAGCAAGAUUCAGUCUGGUUUGGGAAAGCUGAUUCUGAAGGAGGAGAUGGAAAAGGAGAAGAUCAGGGAGCGUCACGCGCGUAGCCUCUCUGCUCAGCGCUACGACCCCAAACAGACCAACUGUGACGAAGAUCCAACUUCUCCAACCAAAACGAACUCUCUGCCUGGCUAUGGAAGGAACGGCCUACAUCGGCCACAGUCGACAGAUUUCACCCAGUACAACAGCUAUGGUGACAUGUGUGGAGGAGGCAGAGAGUUUCAGCACAUUAAGGAUGGCCGUGCAGCACUUGCAAGGAUGGACAGGGGAGUAUCUAUGCCUAAUAUGUUGGAACCAAAAGUGUAUCCCUAUGAAAUGCUCAUGAUAACCAGUAGAGGGAGAGCUAAACUGCCCAGGGAUGUGGACAGAACCAGACUGGAGCGCCACUUAGCACCUGAAAUGUUCUUUGACAUCUUUGGAAUGGAGAUCCAGGAGUUUGACAGGCUUCCCCUGUGGAAACGCAACGACAUGAAAAAGAAGGCCAAGCUCUUCUAGCACUCAGAGCAGCAUGCAUAUUACUAUACAUUCAUACAGAUAGCACACGACAACUGUAAUCUAGAUGUAGGUUUUGGUUUAUUUCCUUUUCUUCUUCUUCUUUUUUUGUUUGUUUUUCCUGACAUAAUCAAGGAAGCCAUGAAAUGGACUCUUUUUGCUCUGAUGCUUCCUAAGAAUGUGAGCUGAAUGAUUUGUCCAGUUAGACUUGCACAGGAAACAAGGAAUGGGAAUCUCUUCCAUGUUCAAAAAUGACAAAGAAUGAGAAUGAAUAGGUAGGGUCAUGUUAUUUGGUUUGACUGCGCUUGUUUUACUUCUUGCUUUGCUUUGAGUGGAACUGCUUUCCUUUCUUUCUUGCUUGUUUCUUCCUACUAUUUGUUGCUGUUGAUUCCUGUGGAACUUUGUAAGUACAGUAGAACUUCAUGGCGCCAUUACGAAAUGUCCAUGCUUGUAGCUUGAACAUGUGUCAGCUUUCCUUCGCUUGGGCUGAAACAGUUUUGGUCCAAAGUUUGCAAGAAUCGGCUCAGUGAGUCUUUGAAUUAAAAAAAAGGAAAAAAAAAGCAGUCAGCUGACCCAGCAAAUGAUUUACUGGAUCUACAUGGAAAUGAAUCAUCCAAGCACCUACACAUCGUCAGUCUCCUUCCCUUUGGCUACUGUACAUGCCAGUCAUCCGACCCUGACAAAAAGAAAAUGUCUCUCUUCUCAGGCUCUCAUAAACAUGGCCAGACACCUUCCCUUUACAUGUAUUGGAAGUACAAAUCUUAAUAUAUUUUAAUGCCAUAUCCAACGUACAGUAACCAACAAAUAGAUAAAACACCUAAUGUAAGAAACAACUGUAUUUGAAAGUACUGUUUUAUAAAUGAAAACCCACACUGCCAUUUGUUGUAUUGAAAUCUAAGCCAAUAAAGCUUUAAAUCACCAUGAACCAUAUGAU